UAUCUCUAAACUAAAUCUUUUUGGUCACAUGUUCAAAAAGCCGUACGUCGAGUGGAUUCAUCUUCAUAUUUUAUUCCUCGUUCUGUUUCAGAUCACCGGAUUUUGUUGAGCAUCCACUUCCGGUUCAGUGAUGAGUGAGUGCUUGCAACUGGCCACUCUGGGCCGGUCUUUCCAGUUGGGAAUGCUGUACGACUGCCGAUCAGAUGCUCUGAUCCCAGGCGUCACCCUGUGGGACUUGCAGACACCGCAGAGCAACCUUGAUCGUCGUGACCAGCCCAGCACUGAGUUUCACAUCAUUGCAUCAGACUCCAUGGAGAAGAAAGCCGCUGCCCUCGAUGUGUCAGCAUCACUGAAAGCAAGUUUCCUGGGUGGGUUAGUGGAGGUGAAAGGGUCGGCAAAAUAUCUCAGUGACACGAAGGAAUCAGAGCAACAAGCACGAGUUACCCUUCAGUACAAAGCAACAACCAGGUUUGAACAACUGACAAUGAGUCAAUUAGGGAGACAGAAUAUUACCUACCCAAGUGUGUUUGAUGAGGGCUCAGCCACCCAUGUAAUUACAGCAGUGCUGUAUGGGGCCCAGGCCUUCUUUGUGUUUGACCAAAUGGCUUCAUCAACAGAGAAGAUACAGGAUAUUCAGGGUAACAUGGAGGCAACGAUUAAACUUCUCCCUCUGAUUGCGAUUCAGGGUGAAGCUUCCCUAGAAAUGACAGAAGAACACAAGUCUCAUACCGAGAAGUUUAGCUGCACCUUUUACGGGGACUUCUCUUUGAAGAACAAUCCCACCACCUUCAAAGACGCCAUCAAUAUCUACGCAACACUUCCACACCUCCUGGGUCCAGAUGGAGAACAUUCAGUGCCCAUCAGAGUCUGGCUCUAUCCUCUCAAUAAACUCGACUCAAAAGCUGCCCAGCUGGUGAGGGAGAUCAGCGUGGGACUGGUCAAUCGCUGCCAGGAUGUCCUGGAACAGCUCAGUGAGGCCGUGAUGAGGUGCAAUGACCUGAUGAAAGACAGUGUCGCAGUUCAGUUUCUUGAGAUUAUAAAUAUUAUACUUCGAUUCCAAAAGAUGUGUCUGGAGUACAAAUUAGGUUUCCAGGGGACUUUAUGUAAAGUUUUACCGUCCAUUCGAGGCGGUGGGAAGGAGGAAGUGUUGCUGGCGGACAUACUGAAGAACAGGGAGCAGUCACCAUUCAAACACCAAGCACUGACCACAUGGCUGGAUGACAAGGCACGGGAGAUGAAGGUUGCGGGACGUUACCUCAGAAUAUUGAAAGAUAUACCAGUUGUGAAAUCCGAGAGUGAGUUAGAUGAAAUGUUUAUGGAUUUAGCAACAGUUUACGUGGUCUGCUUUACAUUUACAAAAUUACAUCAUGAGGAUCUCUACCUUUCAGAGGCAAACAACUACCUCCAAUCUCCCACAGCUCAGAAAAUGGAGACACAACCUCCUGCUGAUGGAGCCUGUACACAACGACAAAGUGACUCCUGGUUUAAUUUGCCAUCUGUAUCCCGGAAGAUGAGGGAGCUUUCAGGAUCAUUCCUGGACUUUGCCACCGCCAAUAUAGCAGAUGGGAAAAUAAAAUUUGCUGUUGGAUCUGUGCGGGAUGACAGCAACAUAGGAGCGUCAAUUUACCUGUAUGAUGAAGGAUGUCUGGAGAACCGGUGCUUUGUUCCUCCGUCACAGCCCGAGAUACCUACAUCCAGUAGAACAACACAUGACAGUGUGACUCUGCAGUUACAGCCACCAACAUUUGGUGCCGGUGAGAUUGUGGGCUACAAGGUAGAGUACCGAGGUAGCCAGCAGGAGCAAUGGACAAUUCUGGAUACACCUGAUCAAUGCCACUCCUUCACAAUACCUGGGUUAGAGCCACACCAGGAAUAUCACUUCCGAUACAGAGCAGUGACCAAGGUAGGGGUCAGCAAGGCUAGUGAGAGCUACAGGGGCAUCACCCGGCCAACAAGUCCUCCAGGUAAACCAGUCUUCCAGGAUUGUUCAUCCAGCCCAACACUGCACUGGGACAGACCAGGUCAGAUUGGAGCUGAUGUUAAUAUAUUUCGGUACAGAAUUGAAUAUAGGGAACAACCGUCAGAUAAUUUAAACACGAAAGGUGGAUUAUGGGAGGAAGUUAAGACAACAGACACACAAUGUCACUAUUGUUUAGAGGGACUAAAACCCACGACCAUCUACCGAGUCCGAGUGUCUGCUGACUGUGGUGAAACUGGGUCUAGUGAAGCAAGUGAGGAGGUUUCAAUAAAAAUAGGAAACACAUCAAACAGAAUAGCCCGGAAAUAUCGCAGAGAUACUCAAUUAAUAUCCAAAGGAAACCCUUCCAUUUACAAGCUCAAACUACAGGAGGAGGUAGCUGAUAAAGUCAAACAGCUUGUGAAAUGCUCCUUCGGAAAACCCACCUCAAAAUACACAAUGAAGACAAUUAUGGUUCUGGGAGCAACUGGGUCAGGAAAGACGACCCUCAUCAAUGGGAUGAUCAACUACAUCUUGGGCGUGGAAUGGGGAGACAACUUCAGAUACAAGUUAAUAGCGGAAGAGACAGGAAAAUCCCAGGCUGAGACUCAGACAUCCUCCAUCACUGCCUACCAGCUCCACCAUCAGAAAGGAUUUAACAUCGAUUACUCUCUGACGAUCAUCGACACGCCAGGAUUCGGUGACACCAGGGGCAUCAGCCGGGAUCAACAGAUCACUGAGCAAAUCCGUGAAUUCUUCUCUUCUCCACAGGGUGUUGAUCAGAUUGACGCCGUGUGUUUUGUUGCUCAAGCCUCCCUGGCUCGCCUGACUCACGCACAGAGAUAUGUCUUUGAUUCGAUUCUUGCUAUUUUUGGCAAAGAUAUUGCAGAAAACAUUCAGAUCCUGGUGACGUUCGCAGACGGACAGCCUCCCCCCAUCCUGGGUGCCCUGAAAUUAGCUGAGGUACCGUGUCCCAAAGACAAGUGUACGGGUCUGCCAGUACACUUCAAGUUUAACAAUUCAGCCAUUUUUGCCCAGUGUCUGACCUCAGGGGGAGAGAACGAUGAUAACUUUGAUGCAAUGUUUUGGAAGAUGGGAGCAAACAGUAUGAAUAAAUUCUUCACAGCUCUGAACACAAUGGAAACCAAAAGUUUGAGUUUAACCAGAGAGGUUCUGAAGGAACGUAGCAGCUGGAAGUUGCAGUGGAGGGAUUGCAGACGCAGAUCCGUUGGUCUCGCCAAACUGGAAGAACUCAGGAAAACGGAACAAGCUCUGAACCAACACCAAACCGAGCUGGAUGCAAAUAAAAAUUUUGACUAUGAGAUUGAAAUUACACAUCCAGUAAAGGAGGAUAUUAGUGGGACUGGUAAUUAUAUAACCAAUUGCCAGAAAUGUUUCUUUACCUGCCACUUUCCCUGCGGCAUUCCUAACGAUGAUGGUAAACGUGGUUGUUGUGUAAUGGACGGACAAGGGAACUGUACGGUCUGUCCACUAAAGUGCAUCUGGAAUGUUCACUUCAACCAAAAGUACAAGUUUGAUUAUGUAACGAAAAAGGAGAAGAGGACAUACAGUGAGCUGAAAGAAAAGUACGAGAAUGCCUAUGGUGAAAAGAUGACCCAGCAGAAUGUUAUGGAAUUACUUAAGCGGGAGUUUGCUGAUGUGGAGUACACAGUUCUGGCGCUGAUUGAUCAAUUAUCCGGAAGCAUUAGACGACUUGAAGAAAUAGCUCUGAGGCCAAACCCAUUAUCCACCCCAGCUUACAUUGACCUUACGAUUCAGUCUGAGAAAGAAGAGGCGAAGCCCGGGUUCAUGGAGCGAAUUCAGACACUGGGGGAAGUAAAGGAACGGGCAGAGUUAAUACAAAAGGUAGCAAAUAAUGAGAAUAUGUUACCAGGGGAGUCGAAGGGAGGUCCAAUGGUUGAGAAAAGUGCUGGAAAAAAGACGGAAGGAAUGUUUUCUAAAAUAAUAAGUUGGUUCACAUCCAAUAAGUAGAUGAUAACCAUUCCAACUGUUCCCAAUAGAGGGAGCAAAUGUUUCACUCAGCCCAGAAACAGUCCAUUCUUCUAAUUCCCCCUCCUUCUCCUGCCUCACCUUCCCACAGCCUUUCACACCACACCUUGCUUCUUCAAUGCUACACCAUCAUCACCCGCUAGCUGCCACCCCCUUCACCCUGCUACUCGUCCAAGUACCACAUCAGUACCUCAUGAGAGCCUGAAGAAUCUAUCCACAACCCUUCCUGUUCCAUGUUCAUGUUCCCGCGCGGAGAGCUCACCUAAAUCCCGGCGCCCAAUUCUUCACUAGAUGGGCUGCCCCCUGCACUAGAUCAUAACCUUCUUCCCCAAACCCCACUCUGUACGUGAGGCACAUUUUCCACCGAGCUUCGGAGGAGGGGAAGCUUUCUGCCAGCUGUGUCUCUCCCUGGUCAUCGUCAGAGUCCGAGUCACAGGCUGGU